GAUGACUUGACGCUGUAGUUCCAACCUGCUGUCGGAAGACGAGAAAAGUGAAGAAUGGAGCCCCAGAGGAAGCUGAUAAACUCGGUGGACAGCUGUGUGGACGAAGCGCUGUGCGGCCUCGUGAGGGCCUGCGGAGGCCUGUCCCUGCUGAAAGGUCACAGGGUCGUGCUCCGGUCCGACCUGGACAGUCUGAGGGGCAAAGUGGCCCUGCUGUCAGGAGGAGGGUCAGGACACGAGCCGGCACACGGGGGUUACGUAGGUGCUGGUAUGUUGUCAGCGGCUGUAGCGGGUGGCGUGUUUGCAUCUCCGCCUCCUGCUAGCAUCCUGGCUGCUAUUCUGUGCUUGCACCGCGCAGGAGCCUCUGGGGUUCUUCUCAUUGUGAAGAAUUACACCGGCGAUCGCCUCAACUUUGGGUUGGCAGCAGAGCAGGCCCGAAACCACGGCAUCACAGUGGAUAUGGUGAUUGUGGCAGAGGACUGCGCCUUUGAGCAGCCCAGUAAGGCCGGGAGGCGGGGCUUAUGUGGCACCAUCUUCAUACACAAGCUGGCAGGCGCCUUGGCAGAAGAUGGCUGCUCAUUGAACCAGAUUGUUUCCAUGGUGACAGAGGUUUUGAAGGGGAUUGGAACACUCGGGGUGAGUCUGUCGCCCUGCAGCGUUCCAGGCUGUCCGCCAUCAUUUGUCCUGCAGCCAGGAGACAUGGAGCUGGGACUAGGUAUCCACGGUGAAGCAGGAAUUAAAAGAUCAAAGGUGUCAUCAGCAGACGAGGUGGUAAAAAUGAUGAUUGACCACAUGACCAACCCUGUCAGCCAAUCACAUGUGCCGCUGGAGUCAGGCGACAGCGUGGUUUUGUGUGUGAACAACCUCGGCGCUCUGUCUUGUCUAGAGGUGGGUGUGGUUACGAGAGCCGCCAUCAUCACUCUGGAAAAUCGUGGGAUUUUUGUUGCCAGGGUGAUGGCCGGAUCAUUUAUGACAUCACUGGAGAUGGCGGGCGUGUCCCUAACCCUAAUGAAAACUAACAAGGAAAUAUUGAGACUAUUUGAUGCUACAACCAGCGCCCCCGCCUGGCCCAACCUGAGCAGUGGCUGUGCGAGCGGACGAAGCUACAUCACAGAACCUCCAACCGUGAUCACACACCCGGGAGAUGAGGAUCGCUCUGAAGGGCUGCUGAGUCCUGUAAUGCGCAAAGUUGUAGAGACGAUCUGUUCCACACUGUUGAAAAAGCAGGGGGAACUCAACUCCCUGGACCGAGCUGCCGGAGACGGAGACUGCGGGAAUACUCAUGCACAGGCGGCUAAUGCCAUUCAGGAGUGGCUCCAGGAUCAUGCGGUCCCAGGGUGCCCAGGACAACUGCUGUCCAUCCUCGCGGGACUGGUGCAGGAGAAAAUGGGCGGGACGUCCGGGGCGUUGUACAGUCUAUUCCUGACGACGGCAGCUGGUCAUGUGAGCGAGAGGCAGAGCAAUGCUGCAGCCUGGGCCAGGGCAAUGCAUGCUGGGACACAGGCCAUGAGGAGGUACGGCGGUGCUGAUCCCGGAGAUAGAACAAUGUUGGAUGCAUUGUGCCCAGCAGUGGAUGAGCUGAUGAAACUAACUACAGCACCAUCUUGUGACGAGAUGGCGGUACUACAGACUGCUGUGCAGAAAGCCACCUUGGGGGUGGAGUCAACUUGCAAGCUUAAGGCGAGAGCGGGGCGAGCUAGCUAUGUCGCGGCUGAGCGGGUGACCCUGCCUGACCCCGGCGCCGUGGCAGUCGCCGCCAUCUUGACAGCAGCACUCGAAGUCCUAGUGGCAAAGAAGUAAUCCAGCAUUAACCAGACGGGGACAUUAAACUGUCGCGCACGUUUCGUGUAUCCGCGAGCUGAAAUUCUUUGUGUAUGAAUGUAGAGAAAUGUAACAUUCCUGAGACAC